AUGUCCAGCGAGAACGGCUUCGACGACCUCUCCCUCUCCGACAAUGACGAGCCCGUGGCACCAGCUCCGAAGACCAAGCUCGCCCCCCUCGCAGCUGUACCUACCGUCGAGGACGACGAGGAGCCAGUUUACGUCCCAGACGAGCCCAGUCCGGACCCAUGGCGCUCCCCAGACCCGUACCCUGCCGCCUCUCUGACAAGCCGACAGCCUUCCGACGAGAAAGAAGCAGCUGCAAGCCCGCUCGGGGCGCCUUCGAGGGGGAAGCAGAGGGCAGAAGCCAGGACAGGGGACGUGCCUAUCAUACUGGGCGUAGCUGUAGUGGACUUCAACCACCUGAUCGGCCCAACAGUCGAAUUUGCGUACCCUCCCUCCCUGGAAGCAGCUAUCGAGGAUGAUCAAGACUUGUCGAGGCUGCUACCCUUCCUCGCUUUACCUGAUGGUGCCCACUUGAGCGAAGAAGACUACUCUUAUUUCCACUGCCUUUACUCACCUUCUACCGGCGCGUCCAGCUCGAGCACCGUACCCUCAAAUACCACACUCUUUGGCAUAUCAUGUAAUCGCCAACUCGCCUCCAAAGAGCUCCUAUACCGUCCCGAAGACGUCACGCGAACGACAGUCCAGAAGGCUGUGGUCGUCAUGGCCUCCCAGCCGGUCUUUGGCCCGAUACGGGACAAGCUCGGCGUGGUUACUCGGGCAUUCUUCGCUCAGCGGGACUUCUCACAGACGGGGAUCUUGAAGGAGUUUUACGACAGCUUGGAGGAGGGAUUGAUAGGGAAAGAUAACGAAACGUUCAUUGCUAUGGGGACGAGCUUGAGAGAGCUCAUACAUAAGUUCAGACAUCGGACCUUGAUCAUGCUCAAGAUGCUCAUGCUGCAAAAGCGGAUCAUGCUGUUUGGGUAUCCGGUGGAGAAGCUGUGUACAUAUCAGUACUCGUUGCUAUCGCUCAUGCCCGGACUGCUGCUCGAGCUCCAAGAUUCAGGCUCACCGGACCUGGACAUCCGGCCUCGCAGACCCAGACCGACCUCUUUCAAGUCUAGCGAUCGCAGAAGCUUGCUGCGGUAUAUGGGUCUUCCUCUCCACCUCUUCGGCAAAGAUGCCUUUUUUCAGCCUUACCUACCCCUUCAGCAGGUCGACAUGCUAUACGCCAAAACCUGGUUGACGGGCACGACGAAUCAGAUCGUCACGCAGCAAAAGGACUGCAAGUAUGAUUUGCUCGUCAAUAUCGAUACGAUGACGUUUGAGUUUGCGGAUCCAAAGUUGGAGCGGAUCGUAGCAUUGACAGCGGCGGACAGGAGGUGGAUGGACGAUGUGGUCAGGACGGUGGAGGAGACGUGGGACCUGCCGGAUGUGGAGAGAUCGUCGUUCCGGGGAAGCGACGAUGACCUCCGAGCUCGAUUCGAAGAGUACAUCUGCGCCGCUUUGGCUUCUCUGAAGCUGGAAGACUUUGUCCGGAAGGGCAAGCAGGGAGAUACGGCUAUCGUCGGUAUCGGUCAGUUUAUGUCCCACCAUUUUUUGAGACCACGACCUGACAAGACAGGAGCAGAACAAAACGUCCUCGCGCCAUUCUCGGAAGCAUGGCUCAAGGAGUUCAAGCUUACUUCGGCAUACGAGACAUGGGAUGCUUGUACCGAUCCAGUCUUAUUCGAUAUCUGCGAACCCAAGCAUCCGUGCGAGGUGCCAGUGAAUGUGGUGUCGGAUCUGGGGUUACGCUUGACCGAGGGCAUGCACGACCUCAAACUCGACCAACAUCUCGCUACAGGCCGAGAUGCCGUCGCAUCAGCCUUUGUCGCUGGUUCUUCAUCCCUCUUCAAAGCCUUCGACGGGGUCCGUACAGAAGUCUCCUCCCGCCUCAAGGAACGCGAAGCAGCUGCGGCCGCCCUGGCUGCCGCCUCCCCACCUCCAUCCGCCGCCCAUGACGCUGGUCGUCGGGGCAGCCAAAGCACCCUCGCAUCCUCCGAUACAGCCAUCUCAUCCUCCACCCUCCCCGUACAGCACAUCUCCAAAAUCACUUCGUCCUCUUCUUCGUCCACUCCUGCCGCGUCGAGGAUACCGAUCCAGGCGCCGCAGAUUGCGGAUGUGCGAGCGACGUUGGGGAAUAUAGGAAGUGGGAUAGGAAGCUUCUUUGGGAGUCGAGUAGCGAGCUUCCGGGCACCAGCUGUAGGGGCGACGCCACCGGCGGGAGGGGUGGAGGCGGUCAAGCAGAAUGGACUGAGGCCGAUGAGUCUGUCAGGGAGGAGUCUGAGUGAUAGAGCGAGACAGGGCGGAGUAGACAAGGGCUGA